AUGGCUGGCUGGCACGUGGUCGAGAGUUAUCUCGAGCAAACAGGAAAACACUCGACACUCGUCGGGAAGUACUGGAUCUCAACCUUUUUAGCUCUGAGACUCCUGCUGCUCUGUUCAAUCGUUGACGAUGCUUUUGGUGAUACUGAUUUGGAAUGCGAUACUAAAACGCCCGGUUGCGAACGAAUGUGCAUCAACCAUUUUUAUCCACUGAAACCACAGUCCUACUGGAGCAUCCAAAUGCUUUUCAUCUCCCUCCCAAUCAUGAUCUUCAUGGUUUAUACAAGCCAUAAACAAGAAAAGAUUGCGAUUGCGCGACAGCUGAAACGGGCGCACAUCAACAAAGAAAAAGAAGAGAUCGAGAAGCAAUUCACGGAAAAGAUCAAACAGCUUGAAGACGAUCGAGAAACUCUGCAGAAGAAGCGCGAUGUUGCUGAUCAGCUUUACGAAACUCCGCAAGGAAAACGAAUGACUGGUGCUGAGUUAGAACGACUCUUCACUGAAGAAGAAAAUAGACUCAACGAGCUCCAGAAGCAAGCGGUCGAAAACUUGACGAAGGCUGAAAAGAAGGAAGAAGACACCGAUGACUGCGCAACAAAAUCAUCCGGCAGCGAUAACUCGACUCCACCAAAGCUCUUCCUCGGCUAUGUUUCAAUGGUAUUCUUCCGAACUCUCAUCGAAGCUCUUUUCCUCGCCUACUACUUCCAAAUCUACGCCUGGAAAAUGGUGAUGCCCGAGACAUACCAAUGCGACCGAGAACCAUGCAACGAUGUAGUCACCUGCUACGUCGAGCGGCCUCACCAAAAAACCAUUGUCAUUUGGAUUAUGUUCAUGACCGGUUGCUGCACCGUUUUUGUUGGCAUUCUUGAGCUCUUUAGCUGUGGAUUCUCGAAAAUCGCUGAUGCAUGGAACAACAGACAUGAUGAUAUUACAAAAGAGUACAAAGUCGGCCAAAUGAGCAACGUCAAGAUGGCUCUGCAAUACCAGGCAGCAAUUGGAGGCCCAGUACCAUCUCUUCAGACAAGCUAA